AGCGUUUCCCUUCUCCCAAGUGUCGCAGCGCUGCAACAUUUCGCCAUGAUUUGCUAGGCCGAUAGAUGCCGAUAGGCGGUCUCUGAUGCCAGAUGAGCUGCAGAUCUUUUGGCGCCCACCUCUGACUUCCUCAUGCCGCUUCUACACCAAGGACCUCCAACGCCCCAUGGGCCUCGCCGUCGACCGCGCCGAGCCGCCGGUGCUCCAAGUCGCAGGUUGGAUCCGCGGAACUCUGCUGGAGCCCGCCGACGCCGCGACCACCGGGCUGCGGCGGCAGGUGGGUGACGAGGUCGAGCGCGAAAGCCGGACGCCCGAUGAAGUGGCCAGCUUCGAUGCGGGUGAGGGUGGUUUGGUGAGGUGGACAGGCCUGGUGACCUUGGACCCGGGCUCUCGCGUGCGCUUGACCGGGCCCAGCGACUUCCGCCUCACCUGGGGCCGCGCGCGGCGCGCGUUGGUGGGCGCGGUGUUGGCGGAUGCCUCUGUGCGGCCGGGGCAAUGUGAGAGCUUGAGCCAUUGGUUCGAAGUCACCUGUGAGCCGCUUCGCAAGGCGCCGAUCUCGGCGCCUGCGGUGGUGGAGGUCUGUGGCCCCAAAAAGGGCGCGGUGAACAGCACCUGGAGCCCUCUGCUCCGGCAGCAGCUGUGUGGACCUGAAGCGUGGUCGCUAGUUCAUGCGCCCGAGGCUCCAUGGGUGACCUGCCAUGGUGUGCCCUGCGAAAUGCCGGAGGCUUGGCGAUCGCCACCGCAUGGCCUGCUGGCAGGUGAAGGUCCAGUGCCAAGGCCUGUGCUCUCAAUCUUGGUGGUGAUGCCAGCGGUGCCCCCAGAGGCGGGUGUCGGCUGCAUGACGCCCAACUGGACGCUGGUGGCAGCUUUGGAGGAGGCCAUGUACCGGGCGCUGGGUGCCCGGUAUCAGCUUUUUGUGGUACCGAUCUCGCAGGAAGAGCAGCUGGGGCGCCUGGACCCCGCGGCGGUGAAGUCGCUGCUGGACCGGGCCGAGGUCCAGGGCGCAGUGUACCUCUUGAGUCCCCAGCGAGUGGCCGGGGAAUUCCGCACCAAGCAUGACCUCGUGCACGACGUGCCGCUCUUCCAAUUGAUGGAGCGCUUGGAAGGUGCUGGAGUGCCCACACUGUGGCCACAUCCUAGCCACCUCUACCGGACCCUGGCGGGGAAGGAGUGGCCAACACAUCUGUGCCUCUCCUCUCAGUACCACAUUCCUUCAACCACACGAGUCUCGAGACAGGCGGUCCUUGCUAGUCCAAAGCUGGCAGCACAGGAUGCCUGGCAUGCACUGAAGAAGCUUAUAGAAGCCCAAGGGAGAACUCCGCCUGAGCAGGUGCACGCCGCAGUGAAAGUUGGUUACUCUUGGCGUUCGGCCGGGGUCACCUUGUGCCACGGGCUGGUGGAACUGGCCAACACUCUACUGGAGGUGGCGCGCGGCGGCGAGCACAGCUCCUUUAUGGUGCAAGAGUUGAUUGAUGGAAUUCUUUGCGAGGCCAUGGUCUACGUGUUGCACGGGCAGAUGGUUGCACACCCACAGUACUACCGCUUCCCCGAGCACAAGGCUCCGCCGCAAUACUUGCAUCGGAAGGCAGCCAAAGAGAUAUUGGGUGGAGAGACAGCUUUGGCACACUGUGAGGAGGUAAUGAAGAAGAUCGUUGAACACUGGAUCUUGUGGGCCAGCGCGCAGUGUGCGACGCCGAUCCCCUUCCUCAGGAUUGACUUCUUGUUGUCCGUGGCCGCGCCGGGGUCGGCGCCGCUGGCCGUUUGGACGGGAGAAGUGAGUGAGUUGGGUGUCGCUGUGGAGCUGCAAGGUCUGCACGGCCACGAGAGCAGAGAGUUGGUCAUGGAUACCCUCAUGGCCUCGGUGCUACGUGGCCAUGGCCACCCACCUUCGAAGGUUGGUGAUGCUGGUGGGACACAUUCGUCGAAAGAUUCUCUUUGAGAUGCCAGCUGCUGGGAGAUCAAUCCUCAAUCACGGCACACUAACUGGCUUAAUGGGCUGUGAUUCGAGGGGGUAUUGAAGCACUCUGACACCUCGCAUCUGCUCCGUCCGGACGCCACACCGUGUUGACGCUCGAUCCUGGCGGAACCCGAUCCUCGCAGCAAAUGCUUUCUGGUCGCCUACUGUGCGAGGCGGGCGCGAAAGGCCAGAAAAUGGCCGAGGGUGACCCAUCAUUGACGGCCUUGGGGCGAAAAAAGGGCAUGGCAGACUCCUUUUCGC